GUUUGAAGUAAAGUAAUUAAAUACUCAAUAUUUUUGUUGCAGGUCAAAAAAAAGAUCACUCAUUUUAUCUGUUAAGCAGACAUUAUUAUAAACUUCAUUUUUCAACCAGUCGUACGAAAAUGUCAGGUGGUGAAGGAUCUUUAUUUGAUCAUGGAAACUGUGAAGAUCAAUUACAUUCUACGAUGAUCAGGUCACAAAAUGAUAUGGAGUUUGUAAACGAUUUUCGACAAAUCCUGAUCCUGGAAAAUCUGCUUCCUCCUAUGCAUGAUGAUAAUCUCAAAUUACUAAGAUUUCUUAAAGCUAGAAAGUCUGAUAUAGACAAGGCAAAGCUCAUGUGGACAAAUAUGCUUCAAUGGAGAAGAGAUUUUGGAACUGACAGUAUUAUCAAGGAUUUCAACUUCCAUGAAAGAGAUGAAGUUCUACAAAACUACCCUCAGGGUUAUCAUGGCACAGAUAAGGAAGGAAGACCAGUUUAUAUUGAAAGAUUGGGACUAAUGAACGUUGACAAACUUUUGGAAGUAACUACUCUGGAUCGUUAUGUUAAAUAUCAUGUCCAAGAAUUCGAGAAGUCUAUUGCCUUCCGGUUUCUUGCUUGCUCUGUAGCUGCAAAAAGACAUAUUGAUAGAGGUGUUACCAUCUUGGAUGUUGAAGGAGUGAGUUUGAGGAACUUCACGAAACCUGUACGAGAAGUCAUUUUGCAGCUGCAGAAGAUUGAUAAUGACUAUUAUCCUGAAACACUUGGUGAAAUGUUUGUUAUAAACGCUGGACCAGGAUUUAGGCUACUCUGGCAUAUACUCAAGCCUUUUCUAGACCCUGAAACGACGUCUAAGAUUCAUAUUCUUGGCAACAAUUAUCAAGGCAAACUGCUUGAAAUCAUUGAUGAAUGUGAGCUGCCAGAUUUUCUAGGUGGUAGGUGUACAUGUGAAAAUAAUGGUGGUUGUUUAAGGUCAGAUAAAGGGCCAUGGAGAACCCUCAAGGAGAUAUCAAUGGUGAAUAUGGAUUUUAUGUUACGUUUCUAGUAGUAUGUUAACAACCAUUGCUA